UUCUUUGCUCCUAUUGUUCCGCAACAAAAUUAAUCACAGACAGCAAUAGCAAAAUGGACCGUCUCGUCCUCCCAACCGGUGUCCUAACCGGCACCAGCCCGGCAACUUCUUCCUCUUGCACAACGAGGAGCCAGCUGGACUCCACGUUGUACGCGUCGCAAACACCAUCAAACAAGAAGUACUUCGAGGGUUCUCACCAAGCCAUGUCCCCCUCCAAAACGGUCAUGAAUGAGGACCCGGAAUUACCCUAUCACAAGAAACAGUAUUAACGUUUACGGAAUUUGUGAUGCGGCAAUGCAUCACAAAACUCGCCCAAAUUUGUCAUGCAUAACAUGCAUACUAGGCUAGUAAGGCUAAAUUUGUGAUGCAUCGCUGCAAUCUGUGAAAACCGCGAACGUUUACGCAUUUUCUUGUGAUAUACCCGUCUCUCGCUUCAUGAACCCCAACGCUUACGCCAUGUUCCUCGGCUUGAACCUGAAACAGUCCAGAAAGGAUCUAUGAGAGGGCACCACUCCCCUUCCCCCUCAUUUGUAUUGCAUGAACAGCAAUACAAGCGUCAGCAAGAAUACAGGUUUUGCAUGACAAAUUUGAACAGAAGUGCUGUGCUAUUUGGGCUGCCAGAACUUGUCAUGCUAACAGUGCCAAGAGGCAAGGCGUAAAUUAGAUACUUUGCAUGACAAAUGAGGGGGAAGGGGAGUUGUGCACUCUCAUAGGAUCAAACCCUGUUCCAAAUUCUCAAACCUGUACUCAACUCCCAGCUCCCGAAACCCUGGUCGGCGAGAAACGAUAUGCGACAGGAUAGGGUGUACUUCUGGGACUCUGCGCUGUUGGAAGCGAGCUAUCGGCACCCGUUGGAGCGAUUUUUUAUCGAUUUGAUGAGGAUGCUGAAGGAGAAUUUGUUUCUCGAUGACGGGAAGGAAUCCGUGAAGAAGUGCUUGCUGGAGGAAAUUGAAAACUGCGGAAAAAUAAACGGGGAGGAGCUGUUCGGGAAAUGGGAACAGAAAAAAAUUGAAGGGAAGGAGGUACAGAUUAUUUUAUUUCGGGUUUAUCAGGCAUGAUGAAAAAGUUCAGUUUUUGUUGUGUUUGAAGAGCCUCUGGGCACCAGAGAACACAUGGUAGCUAUGCUCAUGCACAUUUUACUUUAUCAGGGAUUUUUCUACGUCGAAGUGCUGCAGCAGACCGCUCUGAAUUCCACCGAUUCCUCCACAAAAUUCCACCUCCGCACUCGAUUCGACAACGUCGAGAUGACGAUCGCGGCGAACAUCCGGCUCCGGCUGAAGCUGCUCCAGCAGGUCUGGCUCGCGGUCUUUUCCCCGAUCCAGGUGGAAAACGCGUUUCCGUUCGACAAUGAAGAAGACAUGGACGAUAUCCUGAGUAAAAACGUACCCACACAAGAGUCAGGAUGGGGAUUUUGCAACACAAACCUAGGAGUUUUAGGAGUCACGCAUGACAAGUUUCAGUCCGUAAGGUAGUGCAAGUUAGCAAGGAAAGCCGCAUCACAAAUCGACCUUCUGAUCCUGUUUACAGCAUCACAAGUUCCCAAACACGAUUGAAAAUGCCUGUCAUGGGGUUGCGCAUCACAAAUGUUCCUGUCAUGGUAAAUCUGCAUGACAACUCUGGUGAUAUACUGAUGUAUAGAAGUUAAAUUAUUAUUGGUAUAGGCUGGCACAAGACAGAAAGCGAAGACACUAAUCCUUCAGUGCACCGCACAGCUCUAGACGCGGGCUCGUCGGGCACAGAGCACGCAGGAAGUGGGCAGAAAGAGCGACGAUGUGGGUCGUGCCUCUGUUGGCAAUGGCAGCGAUACGCGCGGCUGUAAUCAAGCGGCUCGAGCAGCUCGCCCCCGUCCCAGAGGCGCCAAAUGCCAACGUGGGCGACGGGCCGCCGGGUCUCCCGCUUCCGGCGGUAGACGAGGACGCGAUCCCAGAUACAUACGUAGCAAACAAGGCGUUCGUACUAACGCCGGCGUUUCUUCCAGCGGGGUCACUGACCAAACUGCAAAAAGUGGCGCGCAUGGUACCGAAGCACACAGCAGCAGCAUUCCGUUCUGCACAGCGGCACAACUUACUACUAGAAUGUGGCCCGCAUUGCCUUGCGGAAAUGUCGCGCCCGGCGAAGGAGGGGGAGCGCGAGUCUAAGAGGAUACAGGCUGCAGAAGAAGCGCUUCGCCGAGGGGUGUGCAUACCGGGGGGUAAAAAGUUCUACGAAACAGAAAUUCCGCUAGCGGUAUGGCGGGCGACCUCCUGCCGCGAGGGUCCUCUCGCAGAAAUCCCAGACUGCUUCCCGGAUUACGCCGGCGUCUGGCCGCUAUCGAGUGCAGCCAGCGACGGUGUAGCUCUUCGCCGCACAGACCACGGCAUCAGAAUCGAUCCGCGCCGCAUGCCGAGGCGCAAAGGGGCCGCGGCUAUUCACAACUACGGCGGCUUUACAACCUCGGACUGGUGUGACCGUCCGCCAAACCCAGAGGCGCUCAUCAGCGCGGGAAUCAGGUGCGUAGACAACGACGAGGACAAGGCAGUGGUGACGAAGGGCCACGGGUGCCUGAAGCGGCAGAUCGAAUCAGCGGCGCCGGGAACUUUCUUCUGGUCAAUGCACGACCGGCCCGCGGCCGACGCUUCAGAGGUCGAGGACAUGAUCUGCGCACCAACGCGGGGCCUCAGCCGGUGGAACCUUGCCGUAAACAAACUCGAACAGCAUGGGCGUUGUGCGGAAUGCGUGCGAGCAGCAACGGGCCGGCUAGAAGCCACACAGGCGAGCAACCCGAUGGUCCACCCGUACUUGGCCUCCUUUUUAGAAGUCACUCGGGCGCCACCGGACGAGCCAAGGCCGACGAAAUGGUUCCCGAAACCCGGCGAAAGCGACUCCCCCGCCCCCUCCUCAGAUUAUCCGGUGUACCUCCGCGUUCCGGUUAGCCAGUCCCAGUCGCAGAUCGAAUUUCAGCAGCACGCGCUCUACGUCUGUUCACAUUGUGGAGAAGAAACUGCACAACCAGCGUCACUGCUGGCACAUGUGAUAUUGUGCAGAAUCGGGCGCCACGGCCGCUUGCAGAGCGCGAUGCUAGCGAAGUUAGCGGAGCUGGCGCAAGGAGUUCUGGCGCCGGGCGUUCGCAGGGGGGAAACAGACAAUAGAAGGGAAAUAACUACAUCGACCGCGUACCACUUGGCCAGCCUCCGACUGAACUUCACCGGCGGGCUACCCAAGCCGGACAAGGACUGGUCCAAAGGGCGGCGCUUCGUGAUCAUGGCGAUAAACAUGUCUCGCGCGCUCACUUCACAGUGGCCGUUGCUGGUGCAUGAGAUCAACGCGUCGCGGGCGCUGGUAGUCGUCGUGUCGGAAUCCGACACGCCGACUCAAGCACUGCAGCAACCAAUCCGGGACCUGAUUUACCGCACACUCCUUGGGCGGUUCUUCAUCUGGUCCGCCCCCCGAGCCAUGGUGUUAGUGGCGCACUCUCUCCGGCCUGCAGACCACGCAAUCGCAGCGGCCAUCCCAGGGGCACCGAACAUGGCCUGCAUCUUAGUAGCCCACGAGGACAUCGCGGGGCGUCUCUUGGCCGGCUACAUUCCUCCAGCCUCAUGCAGCGUUCCAGAGUUACCAGUCCGAGGGCAGCGCGAAAGCCUCAUGAACUUCGCGAGAAGCAAUGCCGCGGAGGUGGUAGGCAUCGCCGGGGACUUAAACGCCAGCACGGGCCCUGUGCUAGCGGACACACCCCGCGGGAACUGGCUGCAAAGCCAACUGUCACAAUUCGCGACAGCAGAAGGGCUCACCUCCGCACUGCAGGCGGACGAUGUAACUUUCCCCUCCGGGGAAUCCCAGCCGGACGUCGUCCUGCUCAAGCCUCGGACCACGGAAACGGUGCUAUGCACGCGGCUCGUCGAACCGCGCUACCUUACGAUGAACGGGGCCGCUCAUCUUCGCAUCGAUUGCGAACUGCGGCAGGAUGGGUCGGCCCUAGGCGCCAACGCAGACGGGUGGCAAGAAAAGCAAGACCGGCCAGACAGCAUCUCCUGCCCGCAAUCGCUCACCCGGCGAAAGGUAUUCCACUGGAGCAGCAUAGACCAGGAAACGCUGGGCCAGGUUCUCUCCGAUGCAUCCGCGGCUGCGUCGGGGCAGGAGCCGUCUUUCACGGGUGACACCUUGGCGACAGCACUUGAUCGGGCAAAAGCCCCACACAACAAGUCCCGUCUUCCCUCCGUUCACCUCGCAUUACUACGUGGGGAUGGAUCCCUCACCGCGUCGACAGAAGAGACGAUGAACCAAUUCCGAGUGCGGCUAUGCGAAAACAAGCCAGCCGGGCUGUUGCGCACCCCAGAAGAGGAGCACGACGUGGCGGCGGCCGCGGCGAAAUUAAUCGCAGCGGCACCAUCUAGACCGUUGAAGCCUACCCGUGACAUGGCGAUGCGAGCGCAGAAGCGGCUGAACCCCCACGCCGCCGCAGGCAGCAACGGCGUCCCGCCCGCGCUGCUGCUCGCCUCCCUAGAACUCUGUGUCCUUCUGUGCGAUAUAGUAUGCCGCGCCCUCAACGACUACCACGACCCCCCUACCUGGACGAAACAAUACCUAGUGUCUUGGCUUUACAAGCACAACAAAAAAGGGGCUUCGAAGUUUUUGGGUCGCUAUUGGCGGCCUAUUUCGAUGCUGAAUGUCGAAGAUAAAUUCACGGAAAGCAUCCUGCACGGCGAACUACAGCAGUCUCUCAAUGUCUUCCGAGACAAUACGGCAUUCAUUCCGGGGCUAUCCCCCGCCGUCGGCCUGCUGCGAGCCCUGAUCCGCACCAUGCAAGGGAACGCCAAAUACGUCGCGGUGAUAGUCGCGGACGUUACGGGGGGCUUCGAAAAUUGCAGCCUCCUCGAAGUCCUUCAGGUUCUGUUAGAGCGGGGGGCAUCCCGGCAAGUAAUGCAGGCAGUGUGCUACUGGAUGACUGGGCGAACGGUGCGGAUUGCCGUGGACGGGCUGAUGGGGGUGGCGUUUCCUAUCUGCGAUGGGUUGGGCCAGGGCACAUUGUUAUCGCCUGCCCUCUUCCGGGCUUGUGUGGAAAAGCACCUCAUCGCCGCCGGCCUGUAUUCCACGCUGGGGGAGUGCGUCGCGGCCUACUGCGACGACAUCGCAAUUUUCGUAACAGCAGAAUCCGAGGGCGAGAUGGUGAAGAAAUUGCAGGACAGGGGCAACAAGCUCUUGUCAAUCCCCUACCCGGUCUCGGACUGGAGAAUGGCCGUUCUUCGCUCGCCAGAACAUGCCGCCGGUGACGAGAAAAAACUGGAGCAGUUUUUGAAGCGGAUUCGUGUUACGCUCAGCAACGGCGUGACGCUCUGCCCACCGGAAGUCGAGGUGGAACUGGACCCCGAUGCGCCGAAGUCGGUCCGGCUUCCCGGGCUGUUUCGUAGGUAUAAUAAGGCGAACUACAUCACAGUCCUCGGGAUGCCACUUACAGUAAACCCCGAGGCUUGGGAGCAACACUUCGAGGACCAACGCCGCCGAGUCCUCUCAUGCUCGUCCACAGACGAGGACGCCGUAGAUGCGGCAGCCGCCUCCCCGCUUGCAGCAAUUAACAAAUACCACGAGAAGGCAUUCAACGCGCUGCAGUACAUGGCAAGCGCAAAGUCGCUCCUGUGUCCGGGCGCGUUGAUCAAACUGGACGACAUCGCGGAGACAGCGUUGCGCCGCAUGCUUCGCAUCUCCUUCACGGCUCCGACGUACAGCACCUUCAUCAGCGCGGGGGCCGUAGUGCCCUCCACAGCGGCGCUAGGUGAGCGCACUACCCUCUGCGUGCAGGCGAUAGGCCUGGACGACGCGGAGUUCGCCCGGUCAUCAAAGGUGCAGGAUGUCUUCAACAUGAGGCGAGAGGGUUGGGCGUCACUCCCUAUUUCGCACAACCUCAUCCCAGCUGACCCCCUGCCAAGCAACGUCCACAUUCUUCCUGCGUCCGCAGUCUUCCAAAAAUACGACCUGGCGCUCAGUAAAGCUAACACUCCAGAAGUCGCGGCCCGGGUCCGCGACGAAUUUCGAGGCCUAGAAAGGUCCCUGGGGCCCGCUCUCCUCUGGGUGGCAACGGAUAGUGGCGACGAUCCGGGUGCAGAACCUGGGCCCGGCCCCAAGCAGCGCAUGGGGACGGUGGUCAUGAGGAGGGGUUGCGACGAAGAAGGUAAGUUUGCUCUAGCAAUGAGGUUGCGACACACACUGACCACGUUUUGGGGUGAGUCAGGCGCCCACGCAGCGGCAGUUCUGAUGCUGGCGGACAGCUUAGACGAAGACUUGUCGCCGAUUUGGGACCCGGCCCUGAGGUUCGUGAUCUUCCAGUGCGAUGCCAGCCCGGCGCUGGAGAACAUUCAGUCCCUCCGCACGGAGGAAACAUGGCAAGAAAUCCGGGCGGCCAUCACGAAGCUAGCGGACCGGCGCCCUGACAUCACCUUCAUAUUCCACUGGUGCCCUGGGCACUCGGGGAUAUCCCCGCACAGCGAGGCCGACAUCUUGCAGAAGUCUACAUUAUUGCCGAGUGAGCCGCUGACGAACUACGUAAGCCUGCGCGUUCCGCUACGGCAGUUGCGGGAGUUCGCCCGCAAGUGCCUGCGGGCGGAAGUAGCGCGGCAGCUACAAACUCGGGCCGCUCAAUCAAAAACAGGAGCGUGCCGAGGGAGAAUCGCCUCCCAGUUAGGAAACGCCCGCCGUGUCCUUCGCGGCCUCACCCCCACGUCGCAGUGGAUCGUAUGGAGUCUCUGCUCGGGCGACGGAAGGGAAGCAGCGCGUGCUGCCAGGAGUGUAGUCGGCUCCUCUCACCUAAAAUGUGGCUUAUGCAGCAAGAAGCUAGAUGCUGCAGUGUGUUUCUCGCAACAGAUGUAUGCAGAGUCGCAGCACCCAAGCCAGGGCGCGGACGACAUGGCGGUGGACGAAGAGGAGUUUGGCUCGAUAGAUCGCGCGGCGGCUGCGUUACAGGAGCCGACGAGCGAAUCCCCUCCGCCGUCUCCCCCGGAGGCCGGAGAAAAAAGGCAAUCUCAGUCGCAAGGCCGGCAAGUGUUGAUCUCGCAAUUUGCAAAGCAUGUGCUAACUCUGGAGUGCAAGGCCAUGUGCGACAACUUUCCGCUGGAGGCGGGAGAGGUGCUGCCAUCGGUCUCGAAGAUCAUGAAAAAGCCGGCUGAGGUGUUGAGGGUGUUCCUCACCCUCAUAGGUCUUCCCCCCCCGCCCAAAGGAACGUGGCCUGUCGAAGCCCCCGCUCGCCAGCCUCGGGACGAUGUCAUGCCAGACCCCGAAGUACAGAAGAACAUCGACCGGGCAGCGGAGGUAUUUCACAACAUGGUGGAGGCCUCGCGCAUGCGUGCGCCGCCACCCUCAGCAACACAAGACCCGUCCGCGGUUCCGGGUCUCCGGUCCCACGUCCCACCAAUGGUCCACCGCAUGUACACAGCGGAGCCCGGGCACACGCAAGUCCCGGAGGCAGAAAUCGAAGAUGUUCGCGCUAGGCUCUGCUGGAAGAGGCCAAACAGGGCCGCGCCCGGUGGCCCCCGUAAAGUCGCCGAUUGGCGAAACGCCGACUCCCGUGUCAGAAGCCGCUCCAGGGAGCGGCAAGCACCAUCACAGAUGCAGCCCCCAAGCCCAGCGGUAGCAACUAAUGGGGGCCCGUCUCCCCCCCCUGUCCACGAGUUCCAGCAAGUGCGCCUACCUCCCGGUCCACUGCACCUAAGUCGGCCGCAGACGAUCCCGCAGCGGGUUUUCGGUUCCAACAUUCCUAGCCAGGAUGCAGCACUUGGGAAGCGAUCGGCGAUGGAUCAAGCUGUGGAGAUCUCCCUCAAGGAAGCUGAGGCAGACGCGCGACUAGAAGCCAGACUACGGGGACGCCUCGCAGGGCGGGGCCUCCGCCUAGACAAAGUGAUCGGCGAUGGAAACUGCAUGUGUCGGGCGGUUAGCAGAAUGGUUACUGGGUCAGAAGCAAACUACAACCAUUUCCGGCGUCGUGCCAUUCAGAGCCUCAUCCUCCGCCGCGCACACUAUCAGCCGUUCGUCGGCUCCGACAGCGAGUGGGCAGAGUACAUCCACCAGCAUUCCCAAGACAAAUGUUGGGGAGAUCAUGUAGUGCUGGAAGCACUUGCUGCUGAAGUAUCAGCAUCAAUACUCCUGAUUACCACAAAUUCUGACAAUACGCCAAUUCAAAUCCUAGGCCCGCUGGACGCCGCCCCACUGAGGGAAAUCGUGCUGGCGCACAAGACAUACACUCACUACGACGCCACGGCGCCGGUAGAGCACGCAACAUAGCCCCCGCGUCGCCAAAAAGAAAUCACAAUGGACGCGCCUACACGCGUGGGCGAACCACGACGAGCCUCGAGUUGGGCAUUCAGGUUGUGCGAGAUGCGACCACCUUGUUCCCUGCCAAGCAAAGCGGCGUGAAGAGGGGCAGUGGUCGGCUCCGGAGGCAUUUCCACGAGAGAUAAAGAUGCGAGGUCUCCGCUUCCUGGCGAAGUUGCCUCGCCCGCGUCGUUGAAUGAUAGAAGAAAACUUCUUCUGACUCUCCCGACGCUCGUUGCGCGUCGGGCCUCUCGUCCAGAAAGGGUUAGUAGCACGACCGGGGUGGCGGCACGGCCCUCGCAAGCAGCAACGACGACAGGCUCCGUGCAGACGGGCUAAAUUAUCCAUUCCCCCUCAGGCAGAACGCGGGAGAUGUAAGGGUCGCAAGAUGGUAGAAGCUCGACGUGCUCUCUUGUCAUGCGGUUUUCGCUAUGUUCUGCAUCUUUUGGCGUUGCGUUGCGGCAUUGCUCUUAGGACGCUAUGCUGCAGGAUAUGCAAACUCUUCCCAUGCGCUAGGAAGGAGGCAAGGCCACGCCAGGCCCAAUCAGAUACACUACACCCUCGUAAGAGCAAUCCCGCCGUCCCUGAUAAUGCAAGCACGUGAGCAAGUGCCCACAUACAUAUAAAAAUCUAGCGACAAGAUCCCAUGCGUGUUCUGCCUCCUCUUUCAGAUGAGAAUACGCCAUCAUACUAUGGUCGACGACGAGGGCCGUGCUGCGGAGCGGCGGAGCAGUAUCGUGGUGUCAGUCGCCGCACCAGAGGAGAGGACGUGCGUUCAGCCAGGGAGGACGCCCACUCAGUCCUCAGAUCCUCCCCCAGCCUCCCCGCCUGGCCCGAUGUCCAGACCGCCAGCCCCCCCCGAAUCAGUCUGAGUAGUCGCUCAGUAAAAGGCCUCUCAAACAUGUCCAUGUAGGUUUCCGUGAGCUGAUAAGUUUUGGUAUUCCACAACGCGCAACACGAACCAAAAGCGGCGUUAUUAUUGGAUCCAUCCGUCUCGCCUUGUUCCCGUGCUAGGCUGGUGCGUUGCUCAUUUCUCCUAAGGUUUUUGAACAGAAGCAGUUCAUAAAAAGACAGCGAGCAACAGGCUUUACUGCAUCCGUCUCGCCUGGUCCCCCUGCUAAGCUAGUGAGCUAUGUAGUUUUUCUCUAAGAUUAUCUUCCUCCAAUCUAGGCGCGCGGACAAGAGCUCACGAUAACAGAACUUUGAGGCAAGGUGUAAUGCAGCUCCGUAGGAGAGGCGCUACUGCGAUGCAGUAGGCUGGCGACUACGUGCAUAUGUGUUGAAGGGCAAGGCUCGGGUCGCACCGGAUCGCCUCCACCUUAGAACGGGCCGGUGGAAGUCGCAUGUUUCACCUUCGGAUGGCACUCGCCUAGAGUAUACGGAAUACGAGGACUCAGGCGGUAUUCGCGCGAGGGUGUCGAAGCCGGGGUAGCGAGAAGCCGCCGAGGGGCGGCGCGCGGGCAAAACCACUUCCCCCGAUCUCCGGCUGUCGCGGGUUCCCGAGCUGCACGAGUUUCAGUACUUGUCGGCGGAGACGCAAGUACCCGGGACGGGUAGCUAGUCGGGCGCCGCUGAGGCUGUGAACGACGCCUGACUGGAUCGCCUUCGAGUUAGCAGCCCCUGACAACGAUCCAAGUGGGUGCCCACGAAGCAGGAAACCGAUAAUAGACCCGGUGGUUCCGUGAGCCCAGCGGUUCGGGUGCAGAGUCAUUUUCUUCUUGUGCUGCCUGCGGAUUGGGUGCAGAGUCGUGUUCUACUUGUGCUGCCUUGCCAAUUGUAUUUCUGUGCCUCGAGCUUCCGGUCAUGUGGAAAGCAUGCUUCUUGAACGCCAAGUCUAGCGAUCAGGAAGAUCAGUAUUCAAUCUCGCAUCUUUUACCUUUAACUUGGUUGUUUAAACGUCACUUCAGGCUGGCGCUUGUCGCUUAGUGUCUCCAGUGAAUGCAUUCAUCCAGACAGGAAUUACGGGUUUUGCCGCAGGCUGCAGCUUUUUCUUGUUGUUGUGAGCCUGGCUGUAUACUCCCGUUAUAGUGGUAGCGAGUUGGAAGUUUGCGAGAAUCAGUGGUAGGAAUUGUUGGCAUAAAAGUGAGGCGUUGUUCUGUUGGCAAGUUGGCACAAGUUGGCACAGUAUGGUUGUUGGCGCAGUAUGGUUGGUUGGCGAAAACAGAGUUGGGAUAUAGUGGCCGGGAGAUGAUGGUGAUGGCAUUUCGGUGUCCGCCUGACCCACCCGCCCUGCGUGGCAAGCCAUCUGCGGCCAUGCUACAAUGGGGGGGCAAAGUGUGUCGCAUUUUGUUUAGCAUGACAACUCUGGGGUGGGGACGUCUUUACACAGGAUAGACGAGGAAAGCAUCAAGCGGGCGAGGGAAUGCGUCGUCUACAUCCCAGAGCCAGUGGUGAUACAGCAAAAAGUAGGUGGACCACCGACCACGCAACAAGUGAAUCUAGUUGAUGGAACAGUGGGCGAGCAGUCUGGCGACUUCCAAGCGGGCGAAAUCCGGGACCUGUUGGAGAAAGAAGCAGGAGAUAAACCAAGCGAUUUACCCGAGUCGCAGCGUCCUUCCACCCAGGUCACACCCGCGACGGACAAAAUGGAGACUCCAACGGACCAGGACCAAGUGCUGCUCGUCGGACUGAGGGCUUUGGACAACGCGAUAGAGUCCUACGUGGAAUCACAACCCCAUCCGGGGGAUCUGCCGGUCGAAGUCCCGGAAGUAUCCGUGGAAGAGGUUGUGAAAUCCGAACUGCCGAAAUCUCUCAUGCUAGACGGGAGCACCGCGGGAGGUUCUGCAGCGGCUGCUGGACCUGGAGCAAGUGAGAGCAAAAAACCGGACUUCCUCGCCGAUUUCGCGAAGUGGCGGUUAGUAUCAAAUGUAAAAAUGUCUGGGUCUGGAAGAAUGCGCGAUUUGUCAUGCUUGUCUGGGAUGACCAAAAAGUUUGUGAUGCGUGUCCAAGAAGACGCCCUUUUGUUUGUUAUGCAAAAACGCAGUUUGUCAUGCGAAAAACGCAACACAACGAAGCGCAGAUAUUUCUCAUGCUUGGCUGGGCAUUACAGAGCAUUCACUAGUCCCAACGCAGCAUUACAAGUUUCCAGACCCAGACACUUUUGCAUUUGAUAGUUAGAGAGUCGGGAGAAGUACCGAACUGCGAAAUACGAGGGUCGAGGAGUUGUUCUUGUUAGAGAGGACAAAUCAAAAACAGCACCAUCCUCCAUUGACGUCACCACUAUGCAAUACAAAUUUCCCGUAAAUGUACCAGAUGCAUCACAAAUUUCACUAAUUUGGAGCGCAAAACUUGUCAUGCUAAACUAGGAUCGAAACCAAGUUUUGCCAUGCAGAAACCGCAUUUGUACCUGCGCAGGAGGAAAUUUACCGUGCAUAACCAGCUUGGCGCUGCAAUUCCAACAGUCCGGUGCUGCGGAUACGUUGACCGCCCCGAUAGAAGCGUGGGUAGAUGCGGAGGAUUUUAAGCAGUUCUGUGAGGAACAGACGAAUGACGUGCAGUAUCAAAUGUAAAAAUGUCUGGGUCUGGAAGAAUCCAACUUGUAAUGCUGAUUUUGGAUUUUGAAAAAAUCUGUAUUGCAUGAGCAGCAAAGAGAAUCCAAGUUUUGCUACACGGAAAGAGCAUUUGUCAUGUGGUAUAGGCAUCAGGAGGCCCUCACAAAAUCUGUGACGCUAGGGCAUGCAUCACAGACAUCAGGAGUCAUGCAAAAUGUGCAUGACAAACCUGGCAAUCUUCCAGACCGCCCAGACGCUUUUGCAUUUGAUAUGCAGGGGCAAUUAACCACGUUGAAAGAAGCGAAGGAAUCUUCUGAGGAGAGGAGAAAGGAGAGGAAAAGACUUGUGAAGGAAAGGAUCGAGAAGCACAAGAGCGCGAUUUUGGAACUGCGACUGCAGGAAAAAAAAUCGAAAAUGAAAAUCGAGGAAUUAGGGAAGAUGCAAGUUUCCAAGUUGGAGGCGAGGUUGACGGAAGAACUGGCUGCAGUAGUUGGCGGGGAUGCUAAUGUUAAACCUGUUGCAAAGAAAGCUAAGUCCUCUCCGGACGACGGUGACGAAGGUGCUGCGCAGCAGGACGAGGAGCCGAAAGAGCAAGAUGCGGAGGAAGAGACAAAGCAGUUACUCGAUCACGCGGUCAUAGAAGUGAAGUUAGACGCCGAAGAAAUGGAGGUGGAAAAAUCUGCUUGGGAAAUUCAGCAAUUGGAAAACGCAGAAUCCGAUCCAGAAGCAGUGGUGGAGAAAGCGAAGACGAUCUCCGAAAUGAACAAAAAAGAGAAAAAGUCAGCAAUUUCGUCAUUCUUUUCGCAGGAGAAUCUCGGCGAAGAUCACGACCCUGCAGCCACUGCGGAGCAGAUGGCAGACGCGGAAGCUGCUAAUCCUGCUGCAGGCGAUGGCGACGCGAACGGAGCAGAAGCUGGUGGUCCUGCGGAUGCUGCUGCAGCAGCAGCUCAGGGCGAAGCUAUUGAAGCGGAGGAAGAUCAUGCGGCAGAAGACGAGAAACCUCUCGAUACCGACGAGGAGUACCGACAAGAGCAGGAAAAACUCCUCUCCUCCCUCAUGUCCGACGCAAAACGAGAGGAAGAAGCGAAGCUAGCGGCAGAGGAAGCAAAAGCAGCGGAACAGAAACGCCUCGAAGCGGAGAAGAACUCCCACUUCUACGAAUCCGAGUUGCAGAAACACGCGGAUCACGUCGAGGAGGAAAGACAUCGGUUGGAAGCCGAGGAGAAGGCGCUCCGGGGAGAAGGAGAUGACCAAACAUCAGCGUAUCACAGGGAAAAGUGUUAAGGUUAACGGAAUUCGAAUUUGUGAUGCAGUAAUGCAACACAAAAGGUGCCCAAAUUUGUCAUGCAUAGCAAGCAUAUUGGGCAAAAACUGUCAUGCGUGACUGCAUUCUGUGAAAACCGCUAACGUUAACACUUUUUCUUGUGAUACAGCGCAGCAGCUUUUCAUGAAACACGGGAUCUACGACUCGGAUUCCGGAGCUUCGCAGUCCUCCGACUACUAUGGAAAAUUGAACCAAACUCAAAAAGACACCGGAUUACCAGAGAAGCCGAUCAAGAACAAACGUUUCAUUCCCAAACCGAGCUGGGACGUGUUUCCGCAAUUGAAAAAUUUGAUUCCGGAAAGAGACUCGUUAGACUCUGUCGUCGAAAAAGUCCACACAACCGACCCCACGGUUUUAAGCUACACGGAAAAGUUGAACGAAAUAUCUGCCGUGUGGAACAAGCAUCUGAAAGCAGAACGGGAUGUCAACGACGUCGUACCGGAAGAUGCGAAAGAGCACUGGAAGAAGCUGAUUUACCCGAGUCACAAGCCACAAGUAACUGGUCCAGGUGCGGUGGAGGAUAGUGCUUCUGCUGUUCUUCCGGAUAUGAAGCAAAUUGAAUUUUUCUCCGAAGAAAUCGAUAGGGAAAUCCUGGACUGGCCGGAAGUGACCAGGGAAAACCGCGCCGCGAUCGUGCAGUUCGGGUUGUUUGGGGAAGACUUACCAACCGCGGACCGGUGUUUUGGGGACGAGGCGGCGAAUAUCCCGCUGCAGGGGUGUGCGGGGAGGUGUCCGAGCCCGCGGGGGGAGGAAGAGAAAGAGGAUGGAGGUGCGGAUGCCGCUGUUGCUGUUGGAAAAGAUGGAAAACCCGUAGACGAUCUCGAAGCAGCGAAUUCGCCAAUCACGAAGCAGAAGACCGCGCCGGCAAGCAGUCUCGCGGCGCAAGAGAAAGCGAAGCAACUCGCGGCAGAAGUAGAGGCAGCUGCACUGAAGAAAGCCGAAGCGGAGGAAGAAGCAGGUCGCAAUUCUCUCCCCCACGACGUGCACCGGCAAUUUCUACCACCCUAUGUCGCGAAAAUUCACGAGGAAAUCAAGCAGGAAAGAAUUCUUGCCGAUCAGCUCGGCCUGCCGCCGCCGAAGAAGCCGAAAAAGCAGCGGCCGCGGUCGGCGGACGGGCGGUUUCAGACGGAAUCGAUGUUCAUGGAUUCGGAGAACAGCUGUUACUGCUACAGCAAGGAAGUAGAGGAGGAGAACAAAAUCUUGAAAGACAGCUUGAAAACGAGAAUCGCGAUGCACAAGAUGAAGUACGAUCCGAAAGCCGAGCUCAUCGACUUAGCGGACGACGAAUUACAGAACGAAUUGGACGACGCGCGGCUCUACCUGGAAAAACAGAUGAAGGUGAUCAACAGGAAGAAGUCCGGCAGUUUCGCCACCGCCUCGGAAGAGCAGGAGAAAUUACUCGAGCAAGCGCUCGGUGCGGCGGAAGAGAAGAAGGAAGAGAAACCAAAAUGGGAGAAGAUGCCCCAAAUCAAGCGGUACAAAAAGACGUUGGAAAUUCUCGACGCGUUACCGCAAGACGCAGCGGUCGCGGGCUUCGUGCCAACAGAUCUGAAAGCGAUGCUGGUUCCCGCGCCGGGAAUGACGGAUGACCAGGCGACGUCGUACGUCAGAGCGGUGCACAAGCUGGAAAGGGCUGGUAGAAUAUUAAUUCCUGUAGUUGCCGCCGCGUUUUGUCAUGCAAUUUUCCCAUGGAUUCGUUGUCGUUCCCAUCUUUUUCGUGCAGCAACAACCAGUCUCAGGUCGAGCAAGUUCUUACACACCAUUUUCCUGUCAGGUAUGCUGAACCGGUACGGUGAAAAAUCCGGAAAGACCGUCCCUAAACACAUUCUGGAAGAAGAAGAGGCGGAAAACGAACUCCUCAACAACGGCGACUACGAAUUUGUCCCGGACGGUGACUGCGAAAACGCCGUUUCUUACCUCUCCGACUUCCAAAAACUCUACAUCAAGCGGCUGGCGAACGCGGUAUACCGGAAGAAUCAGUUCCACAGUACCAUGGAUUUCGAUUCGAAAAAGCUGUUUCAAUUUCACGACUUGGCGAAAACCGGAUUGCCGAUUAUCCACAGAAAAAACCCAUCCACAUCCAAUUUGUCAUGCAAAAAACGUAUCAAGUCAUGUGUUUGUCAUGCAAAAAAUGCAUGCGGAUGGGCAUGGGUUUUUUUGUGUGGAUACAGAUCUCGACGGAAUUAUCCUCCUUACAGGAUUUAUCCGCCGCGAACGCAAACAAAUCGGCGAAUGUGAACAAAUCAAGGCAUUUGAACGUGAUAAAACCGAUCCAAUCCGCAAGGGGGAAUCUUUACCCGUUGUCGCAAUUAGUGAAGGAACUGAAGCCGAACUACACUUUAUCCACCUGGUGUCGUGCGGUGGAAAAAGCGGGGUUUUUAGAACGGACAAGGAAAUCGGGGAACAGUGAGGGAGGGUCGAACGCGGGGUUUAUCAUCAAACACUUGAAGAUGGCGUGCGGCGGAUUGGCCAACGCGUUUUUCAGCCUGAAUCAGAGCACUUUGGGCAGUCGGGAUAUCGUGUGCAACUCCAUGGUCAUUCCGAAAACCAGAUUCCAAAUGAACUGGAGUAUAAUUUGUUCUUUUGUUGUUUUGGUUUUUGUUGUUGUUCUUUGUGAUGCGAUUUGCUGCACGAUUGUGUGUGGUUUUGUCUUGCGUGAUUCUCAUUUUUUAAUGUAAGUAUCAUCAUGGAGGCCGUACUAUUUACCAAAUGAACUACUAUCAGCCCCCCUGAUGCACGGCCGGAUCGAUGUGGACUCUGACCUAGCGUUCGAGAAAAUCGCCACCCCGGGAAACCAAUUCAUCACCCCGAUUGACCUCUGCGGGCGGCAACUGGGCCAGCAAAUCAUGAGGUUUAUCAGUACGAGGCUUCGCUGGGCGUUGAACAAACCCUGUUUGAGUUUUGACAAGGAUUUCAAACUGCGAGACAAGAAAACCGGGGAGAUCGAGUUGAAACCUUUAACCACCGUGGAACUGGAAAAACGCGGGGAACGGAAGACGGAGCUCGACUUGAUCAAAAUCGACCCAUUAUUGGUCCGACCCUUGAACGACGAGGAAGUUAUCAAAUGCCAAAGUGUCUGGGUCUGGAAGAUUCUAAACGUGUGAUGCUGUGUUUGGAUUCUAAAAAAAGUUGUAUUGCAUGACCAGCAAGAUGAGGACUCCUGUUUCUCCUACACGGAGAGGGCAUUUCUCAUGCGGUAGAGGUAUGAUCACAAAGCCCUCUAAACAUCUGUGAUGCUACGGCAUGAUGCAUCACAGACAUCAUGGCUCAUGGAAAAUAUGCAUGACAAAUCUAGAAAUCUUCCAGACGACCCAGACACUUUUGCAUUUGAUAGAAGUCGCGGAGUUGCAAUUACAACAGGACACGCUGCAGGCGAAGAACGAAAGGAAACUCGCACUGCAGAAAGAGGAGCAGGAGAAAGGGCAGCCAAUCGAACACCAGAAAACGCUGGAAGAGUUGUCUUUGAAGCUGGCGCAAGUGCCGAAAGUGAACAAAUUUCAAGUCCCGAACGACGAAUUACAGGAGCCGAGAUCGGAACUGUCAGCGGAAGAUCAGUUGAUCGAAGAGUUGAUCAUGGACGUCAUUGAUGAGUUUGAGAACGAAAUGGCGGAAACACCAGGAAUGACCUCAAAUUCCUCUCCCUUCGCCGUCGCCGCUGACGGCGAUCAUGCAGCUACGGGUAACCCGCAGGAGAAUGACGGGAACAAAUCGGAGGAAUCGGAGCAACCGACGGUCCUCCUCUCCCAGGACCAAAUUGAGCUGCAGUUCCUCUACAAAAGGUCCCGGGAAGUGAAGAAAAACAACAAGCCGGAGAUGCUGGAGAAGAUUGGAACCGAUUUCCAGCUUGCAACCUCCUGGAACGCGUCGAAUCUGAUCGACCAAGCGGUCGAUGGACUGGCGAAAAACGUGGUCAAACAGGCACUUACCCUGUUCGCGAACUACGCGGUGGCGGAACUGUACCCGACGAAUGUGCCGAAAAUCCCGACAUUGUCCACAUUUCGCAUGCUGGUGAAUGCGCGGACGAGAGAGACCAGAGAUCACUUGAUGGAACGGAAGAGGGAAUCUCUGAAGGAGCGGGGAGAGGAUUUCGCGAAGUUACAACAGAUGCUGCAGGACGUUGAUGCGGAGAUGUUAGAUGAGGAGUCUGUCGUAUCGUUAGCGGAAGAGGUGGAACGGAUGUACGAGAAGAUCUUGACGAAACGGGGGAUCAAUCCGAAGAAGAAACCUUUGAAGGACGAGUUUGCCGACGACCCUUUUUUCCACAUUCUCCCCCCCGUCAUGCGCGCGAUCGCAGACACUACAGUGUACCGGACGUAUAGCAAGGUGUUUCGGGAGAUCGGGUGUAAGCCAAAGGAUUACAACGCCCGGAAAAAGGAAAUGGAGGAAAGGAAGAAAGCGUACUUAGAAGCGAAGAAGGAGAAUAAAACCAACACCGGGUCCAUGAGCCGGACGUUUUCCUCUACGGAUAAACUCACGAUGAAUAGUCAGCAGUUGUCAAAUUCCUUCGAUUUUUCCCAAACGUCCAACAGCUUCAACACAGCGAAUUCCGUGCAGCACAACCGGUCGACGAGCAGCAGUGUUGGCGGGGGAGUGUCGACUUUGUCUAGUAAGGUUGACAAGGGGACGAGGAGUACGUAUUCCAUGUGGAACGCCGGGGUGGAUUUGAAGACCAACAGCACCAGCUUCGGCGGGAAAAAGAGCUUGAAGAUAUGACAGCGCACAACUUACCCUCCCCCUCAUUUGUCAUGCGAAAUACCGAAUGCGGUGCCCUUUUCUCUUUGCACUUCUUGCAUGACAGGUUUCGGAAGCCGAAACAGGACUAGAAUCCGUCGCGAAUUUGUCAUGCAAAAGCUGCAUUUAUGCCAGCAUUUGUGUUGCUGCUUAUGCCCUUCAAACGAGGGGGAGGGGGAGUUGUGCACUCUCAUAGAAGACCAGGCCUAUGGCAAACACGUUUUCCGGUGCGGGAGGUGCUGGAUCGGUGCAGAGUGGGGGACAUGUAUGCAAUACAAAUUUCCCGCACAUGCACAAAAUGCAACACAAAUAUCACCAACGUAGAAGAGCAAGCAACUUGUCAUGCUGAUGAGGUUUGAAGGAAACGCCUGUCAUGCGAAAGCCACAUUUGAUUGUGCAUGUGCGGGAAUUUUCCUGUCGAUAGCAUGGUCGGGGAUUGAACAACACUUUUGAUGGAGAUUUCCGGAGUGUGCAGGUACUAGUGAUGGCGCGACGAGGCUAUUUGUAUUUUUACGUUUACCUUGUUAGCACCAGAGGUCUGCACCUGCAGCACAUUUUUUUCUGCAUAUGCAAAUCUCCAUGACAAGCACUGUCAUCAAAUUUCACAACAGCUCGGCGAAGAGGGCAGCGUCUUGUCCCCCGGUACCUCGACCUGGUUGAACAACUCCACAAACAUGAACGACAGUUUCCUUUCCAACUCCCCGAGUUGGUUCCAAUCGCAGGAGUCGGAGUUUCAAAACACACUGAGAAAACUACAGUCAAAAAAAGUGAAAAACACAUUAGUCGCGGUUUCCGAGCAGCACAGACAGGAAAAACAAUUUCUGAACGAGAUGAUUCUCGGGGUGGGGGAAGAGCAACGAGCGUCGUCGCCGCAAGGGCUUGGAGCCAGAAAGUUCGAACGGUUUCGGUGAAGGGAAAGGUCACUCAUUUUAUUCCCGCCGGCGUGCUACUCGUACUGGUUGUGUCGUUUUUCCAUCAACUCUCUGAUGCAAGAGCACGCUGAAGCUUCUUCAUGUUUAUCGUGCUAUCGCAUCAAAAAUACGAUGUCUAGUCUCCUUGAUUUUUGGUCAAAUAGGGUCAGCCCCCAACCUCAGUGCUGAGGCUGCCUCGUACAAUAUCCGAGUUUUACUUCAUUAUCAUUCCGACUUCCAAUUGUGCUGAUGAACGAAAUAAACAAGAGCUAAGUUUUCCCUGAUCGAGAUCUCCUGAUCUCUGGAGAUGUUGAACCUGUAAAAUUAUUGAAGAAUGUAUGAGAACGUAGAGUGAGCUAUGGUAAGACUAAGAUUUUCAAUCGGAUGGACCCGGCGAGGUAUUCACCUUUCGUAACGUUUCAGUCGUAUUCGACAGCACUCACAAAUAAAAACCAAAACGCUUUGCUGUACCAACCGAAUGAUGAAAAUAGUCCAAAUAUGCCCUCCCCGUCCCCGUGAAGCGCAGAUGAAAAUGAAUGAACACACAUGAUAGAAGAAGGCUGAUGCCAAAAUCAAGUACUCGCUCAGAUGAAAGUCUUGACCUGCCGAGCUUUAGAAGAACGAGAACGAAAAGAACAAAA